AUGGCCUUCUGGGAAACAGUGCUCGAUACCGCGAAGGCCUCACCACGAUACGGAAGACGGCUCGUCCCUAAUAUCAUUGAUGAUAAUGCCAGAAAUCAACCAAAUCGGGCCUGCUUCUCAAUUCCCAAAUGUGACGCUCUGGAGCAUGGCUUUCGCGACAUCACCUGGCGAAUGUAUGCAAACGCCAUCAACAAGACCGCUUAUUUCAUCGAACGAGAGAUUGGUAGAAGCACUUCAUUUGAGACUGUCAUGUAUCUCGGCUUCCCAGAUAUCAGAUGUUUCAUAAUUCUGGUGGCACUAAUUAAAACUGGACACAAGGCACUCUUCAGCUCAUAUCAUAACAGCUUAGCUGCGCACACAGAUUUAAUCCAACGAACCAAUUGCACAGUACUCCUGCAUACACAUGGACUCCCUGUUGCCGGCAUUCUGGAAAAGAACCGUAUGAAAAGCGUCCGCAUGGUCGAAUUAGAGGCACUCAUAAACGAAACCCCUAUCGAAAAUUAUCCUUAUACAAAAUCUUUUGAGGAAGCGAAAUACGAACCCUGCUUCAUGGUCCAUACCUCUGGCGCCAGCGGAAUGCCUAAACCGGUCCUUUGGACGCAUUGGUCUCUGAGCACUAUAGACGCACACAAUCUAGUUCCACCAUUAGAAGGCCGAAGGAGCCUGUGGGCCUCACCUGAGGACGCCAGGGACCGAACCUAUUGCGCUUGGCCAUUCUAUAAUGGCUCAGGCAUUGGGGCAGGCAUCAUGGAUACAUGCUUCAACAAUACAACAUGCGUCAUGGGUCCAUCACAAUUCGUCACUGUAGAGAUCUUUAACAGCAUGAUUGACCAUGCGAAAAUCGACAGUGCGAACUGUUUACCGUCUUUACUUGAGGAGAUCGCGAAGCGGCCGCACAUCUUGAACAAGCUUGCGAAUCUACGUCAGAUUUCUUAUGUCGGGGGCCCACUGCGAAAGCACGUUGGCGAUACGAUAUCGCAGCACACUACUCUCACGACCCUAAUGGGAAGCACAGAGGCCAACGCCAUUGUACAACACGCAACCGAUCGAGAAGACUGGGCAUAUAUUUGUAUAAAUCCUAACCUCAAUGGGAUACAGAUGCGCCCCGUUGGCAAACUGUUCGAACUAGUCUUUAUCAAGGACCCCCGCCUGAGUGAAUAUCAGGGAGUUUUCAAGCUUUACCCGUAUCUCGAAGAAUAUUCAAUGCAGGACCUAUACACCCCACACCCUUCAAAGCCACACCACUGGAAGCACGAGGGACGCAGUGACGAUAUCAUUGUGUUCCAGAACGGAUGGAAGUUUAACCCAACAGUACAUGAACGACUCAUCAAGACGCAUCCAUUCGUCCGUCACGCGAUCGUAGUUGGAACCGGCAGAGAUCGACCUGCCGUGAUAAUCGAAUUACUCCCAGAAUAUCAAGCCGAGGAUCGAUCGCGAAUGGGGGCGCUGCUUGAAGACAUUUGGCCAUAUAUCGCACAAGCUAACAAUGUUGUCGAAACUUAUAGCCAAUUAGAACGACGCUAUGUGAUAUUUGCAAAGCGAGGGAUUCCCCUUCCAGAUGAUGGUGGAAUGAUUGGGAGGAAAGCAGCGGUGGAGCUAGGGGUGACGGUUGAGCUGAGCCACAUUAUGAUACACAGUACUCCGCCGUACCUCGUCCGACCUUUCGUCGUUCGUCGACUGCGGCGUCAGAUUGCUGUAGAUGAGACGAUCCAUGAUGCAGUCAGUCCCCAAACAUCCCACAAUCAUCUAUCUGGGCAGAUCAGCUUUGCCUACGAUUGGAUGAAAAAUGACAGGAGGCUCCAAGGCUGA